AGAACACGCCGUACUCAAUACGCUUCAACGGUGAGCGCAUCAUCCCUUUCCGCACUUGCCGAAUCCCGCUGGAGGUGUGACUUCGUAUUUGUACGGUUCGGUGUUGUUCUCACCAUUUCACAUCUGCAUUCAUCAUAUACCACAGCUUUUCUUUCUGCGUCUGUUUCCAUCGGUGUUGGGCGCACCAGCAAGUUCUUACAACAUCUUUGAAGAGAGAAUAGGAAACUGGCUUCUCGACAGCCACCUCAAAAAAAAAACACUGUGAAGGGAGAAACAAAGCAAAAGGCAACUACAUAUUCUAUUCUCUUCUGCGAGGAUGCCCCGCUACCCCGCGCUCACACCUGCGCAGGAGAAGAAAGUGACGGAGUUGGUGAGCCUCCUGGAGAAAACGUACAACCCGCUUCCACCGCAUCUGCAGUCGAUCCAGCAGUUCAUGACGGGCGACGGCGCUGAUACCAGCACCCCCCUCAACCCAAUCCGCGAGUACUGCUACUGCUUUCUCAUUUCGCGCGAGUGGAAUCUGCACGAGGCGUUUGAGAUGCUGCAGCUGGCGGUCGACUACCGCGGACAGAACCAGCUGGACACGCGGGCGGAGUUCCCGUCGGCGCUCUCCUGCAAAGGCUGGGACCAAGAUGAGGUGCGGCGUGCCCUGGGGAAAGAAGCACGGUCGACGGAUCAGCGGCUUGACCGACUCUGCGCCGGCAUCGCGCCUUUCUUCUCCUACGGCUUUCACAAGUGGGACAAGUUCGGUCAGCCGGUGCUGUACAUGGCGGUGGGCAGCAUUGAUGAGGCGGGGCUGCUGAAGAAGCUGCGACAGAUGGCGAACGUCGGCCAGUCCGGCGAGGCCGUCAUGUGGGAAGUCGUCCAGCACUCCUUGGGCAUUGAUGAGCAGCUUCAGUACUACCAGCAGCUGCAGUACAACGCGGGUGCGUUGAAGGUGGACGCGGCGGACGGACUCAUCCGCUCCACCACCCUCGUAAUCGAUCUCAAAGGCUUGACCUACAAGAUGCUGUGGAAGCCGGCGCUCGACCUCUUCAUGAACACGCUGAGAGAAAUCUUCAAGUACUACUCCCAGUGCGUCUAUCAAAUUCUGAUUGUGAACUCACCGGCGAUGGUGAUGUUUGCGUACAAGAUCGUUCGUGGUGUGCUGCCGCCUGGGGUACAGCAGAAGGUGCACAUCGUGAAUGCGCAGGACACCAACGCCGCCAUCCGAAAGUUUAUCGACGAGGUCAACAUUCCUGACGUCUUUGGCGGGACGUGUCACUGCCCCGGCGGCUGCAUUGAAGGCUACGAUCCGGCGCACAGAAGGAGAAAGGACAAGGAGUCGGUCUCUUCGACCAGUGAGGCGGCGAGCAACGACGCGACGGGGGUGGCGACCGAGGACAUUUCGUUAAAGGCAGGUCAACAGCACAAACGCGUGUUCUCGCUCAACGCAGGGGAGUCCGUGGUGUGGGAGUUCGUCUCCUCCGAUGGCACGGAUGUCACGUUUGUGAAGUGCUUUGUGCCGGAGAAGGCGGCGAAGGAGAUGAACUGGGAAAGGGUGAGCGUCAGCAAGCUGGAGAUGUACGUGGUAUCCAGGGAAAACCCAUCGGAGGGCUCGGACGAGUACACCGCCACUGCGAACGGGGUGCUGGUGCUCGUGUGGGACAAUAAGAAGUCAUGGUUCACGGCGAAGCACCUGCAGAUGAAGCUCUUCAAGCAAGCACCGGAGCAAUCUUCUCCGUAG